AUGAGCGACCCGUUCCAUUGGGAUUGCGAUAAGGCGCGGGGUGAACGCCGUAUUGAGAUUAACGUGCGCCUGGUGGUGAACGGGCCCGCCGCGUUGAGAUGUGGCGGUGAUGCGGCGAGCGGUGCUCUCGGCCCGCACACAAUGCGCCUCUGCGGCUGUUGCAUCGAAUGUAAACCCACACAGCAGCUACUGCUGUUGAACGACUGUGGCACUUUACUGGACAGGCUCGUCCAG